AUGUAUCCCCCUUCCUACAACAUCAAAAAAACUGGAUUGCCCUCCUCCGGGGAUUUCAAACGCCAGUUGGCUGAAGCGGCCUUCGAGGAGUCGAGGGCUAUUGGUGCGGAGAGGAGAUUCUUGCAAAUCGCCUACUCCAUUAACAACCGCCCCCCGGUCCUCACCCACUCCGAAGCCACCAACUUCCUCACCACCCUGCCCGCCCGCUACCACUCUAUCCAACUCCUCCAAAACACUACCACCACCUCCCUUAAAAUAUCACCCAUCCACCACGUCCUCACCAUCCUCUCCCACCCAGCCCCGCACUUCCAACACCGCACAGCAAUCGCAUUCGCCUCCACCCUCUCAGCUAUCACCUCAUACGGUGGAGGUGGUAAGUACCUAUCCUACGACAACGCGACACAUACGCUCAGCUACAUGAUUCAAACUGGCAAUCGAUGGGGUAGGGGACGGGGAAGGAAUUAUGCCGGGUUUGCAAAGUUGGAUGUCGAUGUUCCGCUUUGGUUUGAGGAUAAAGCGGAGGAAGUGAAGAUUAGAAAACGGUGGCAGGAGGAGGAAGACAAGAAAGAGGAAGACAAGAAGGCAGAAGAAGAGAAGAAGGAGGAGGAACAGAAGAAGGAGGAGGAAAGUAAAGAGUCUGUACCUCGCAGCUACAAGGUGACAAUAGAAGACUGUGAAGAGGAAGAGGACUAA